CCCAUUAUUCCAGUACAUUCAACAACUCAGCAAUGAAACUCCUAGUCCUAUCGGCUCUGGUCCUGGUGGCCACCAUCCACGCCACGUCCGGCUUUCGCAUCUUCAAUCCCUGGUGGCCUCAUCAACCCAGUUGGCAUCCACCAUGCCGUAACGUAACGGACGACGGUUCGCAACAAUCGGGAGACAAUGCACCCUGGUGGUGGCGAUUCAUCCCACAACCUCCACCCUGUCGGCAGCCGUCCUCGAAUUCUUCCGAUAGUGCCGAUGGACCGGGUCAUUGGGACUCCCAUCAGGGUAACAACUCGUGGAGCGAUUCUUGGAACAGCAACUCAUCGUCAUCCAGCGAUGGAAAUCGUACGGAUACCUACUGAAAUAAUGAUGUGUAGUUUUCAGAUGCAAUUUUACUGAGACAACGUUGUCCAGUACCAUUCGAUAUGAAAUAAACGUUUAGCAUAGUUAA